CUUCGAACGGAAGUUUUAGCCAUCAAGUGUAAACUGAUUAGGAAUUAGCAUCUUAUAAUAUUAAAAUACAUCAAUCGACAUCAAUUUUUUUUUUGGUGUUUAGUGUGGGCAAUUAAUUCGAUGUGUGUGUGUUUUCUUUGUGGGUGUAGUUUUGAGCUUUCGAAGGUUGUUGCUUGGUUUAUCGUCAAACUGAUAAAAUCUAUGAUGUAAAAAAAGGGUUAUGGCACAAUUAUGUCAUGACCAGUACGAUCACCCGUUACUAUGGUGUGCAGCAAAACGAAGAGCCGAAGAAAAACGUAUCGCAAACGAGAGCAUUCAAGUGGUUCAGCAACGCAAAGAAUUCAAAGAAGCUCAAAAAAUACGCGAUUGUAAUGAACUACGCGAACUCAUAGAAAGAAAUUAUCCUUGGGGAAGGCCGGGCGGCGGCGCUCCAAACGAAAAAAUACGUCGAAAUAAAAUUCAAUCUUGUGGUCUAUUUCCCGAAUCAAUUGAGAAUUGUCGAAAAUUUGUGUUCCAAGCGCCGUUUCGUGCUCGACGAGGUGGUGGCGGUGCCCCGCUUCGUAAUUCAAACGGUCAAAUAAUAACGAAAUUUCGUGAGGAUCCAACAAUUCAAUUCAGUGACUCGGCACGAAAACAUGUUGAAAAUCAUCUAAGGUACAAAACAAGUAACGAAUCGAAAAAACAAUAUAAAAUGGAUUUGGAUCGAUGUCGAGCAGAGCGAAUGAGACGCGAUGCAAAACAUUCAUUGGAUGUAUGGGGUAAAUCGGGUCCAGGUGGUGCACCAUGGCGUAAUCCACGUCAAGUUGGUCAUUCAUUUAUGAAAUCAAUGGGAUGGACGGAUAAAACUCUUUUGCAAACAUUAGAUCCCGAUAAAAAACCCAAUGAAUGUGAUUCAAAGACGUAUAUCAACGAAUCAACGAAUGUCAGUGAUGUGAAUCCGUUAAAAUUGCCGGCAAAAUGUUGUAUAAAUUGUUUUUGUGAUUGUAAAACAAAAUACACGACACCACAAAUCGAUAGCAAUGGCAAAGAAAAUAUGGAAAAUCCGAUGACCCGAAAAGAUAGUAAUGUGGAAAAUACAAACCGUUUGUGCGAGCAUACAAAUCGGUGUGCAAAGAAAUGUAAAUACGUUAAACCACGAACAUGCAUGAUAACUGGUGGCGUUGAAUUGGUUCCAUUACUUGCACGUCGUCGUGCAAUGCAACGUCCAAUUUCAUUGUCCACAACUGAUGUCACGAAAUAUCCCACGGAAAAAAAAUGGCAGGAUUAUGGCGAAGGAAUUCAACUGCUUGAUGAUUUAUGCCGACAAAUAACGCAAAAGGAACGAAAAAAACAAAUAACAAAGGAUAGUGAACUGGAAUCAGCCCGAAGACAUUUCGCAACGAUAGACACAUUUUGGGGACGACCUGGUCAUGGUGCUCCAAAGUAUGGUGGCUCGAAAACAAAACUCAAUUUGAACGAUUUACUUUAUAAGCCGUGGACAUAAAGUGAUACUCGUAUCAAAUGGAAUUAUGUAAUCAACAGGCGAAUCGAUCUUUAUCAGGCGAAACUUUAUCAGCUUGUCACAGUGCAAGCAUUGAUCGAAGUUAAACGCAAAAUUGGAGAAUGAAAUGGAUAGUUUCUAAUAAAAAUCAUGUCAAAACCCAAAGCCAAAGUAAUUUAAUGAAAAUAUA